GAGGCGCUUCCGGGUGCGGGGCCCGGCGGCGGGAGCGGUGCGCGGAGGUGUGCCCGUCCCCCCGCGGCCAUGGCCGAGGCGGUUCACUACAUCCACCUGCAGAACUUCAGCCGCUCCUUGCUGGAGACCCUCAACGGGCAGCGCCUGGGCGGCCACUUCUGCGACGUGACGGUUCGCAUCCGCGAGGCCACCCUGCGGGCCCACCGCUGCGUCCUGGCCGCCGGCAGCCCCUUCUUCCACGACAAGCUGCUCCUGGGCCACUCGGCCAUCGAGGUGCCGCCGGUCGUCCCCAGCGGAGCCGUGCGGCAGCUGGUGGAGUUCAUGUACAGCGGCUGCUUGGUGGUGGCGCAGUCGGAGGCGCUGCAGAUCCUCACCGCCGCCUCCGUCCUCCAGAUCAAGACGGUCAUCGACGAGUGCACCCAGAUCAUCUCCCAGAGCCGCGGGCCCAAGGCGCUGCCCCCCACCCCGGCGCCCGCCGACCCCCGCCACAAACCGCCGGAGCCCGGCGCCCGUUUCGGCGCGGCCGAGCCGGCGCCGAGCUGUCACAGCCGUAAACAACGGCAGCCGUUGCGGCUCCAGCUGCCGGUCAAGGAGGAGGAGGAGGAGGAGGAGGAGGAGGAGGAGGAGGAGGAAGGAGGGGGCGCCAGCGGCGAGGAAGGCUUCGCCCCCCCCCCCUUCGCCGCCGAGGAGCCCCCGUUUUUUGGCACCCCCGAGGUUUUCGCCGACGCGUUCCUGCCGCCCUGGCCCGGCGAGGACGGGGCCAAAUUCGGGCCCGACUGUAGCCUGGAGGUGCCGGGCCGGGUGCCGGCGUUCGGGGCCAAAGCGGUGACGGGGGGCAACGGUUUCGGCUUCGCGCCGGCGCCGCCGCUCUACGAGGGGGGUGCGGAGGUUGGGUUGAGCGGGGGGGGCAUCCCCCCGGCCCCCGAAACACCCCAGCCCGGCCCCUCGCGUUGCCCCGAGCCCUCGUACCAGUGCGGCCACUGCCAGAAGACCUUCAGUUCCCGCAAGAACUACACCAAACACAUGUUCAUCCACUCCGGCGAGAAGCCCCACCAGUGCUCCAUCUGCUGGCGCUCCUUCUCACUCCGUGACUACCUGCUGAAGCACAUGGUGACCCACACGGGCGUCCGCGCCUUCCAGUGCGGCGUCUGCUGCAAACGCUUCACCCAGAAGAGCUCCCUCAACGUCCACAUGCGCACCCACCGCCCCGAGCGCUUCCAGUGCCGCCUCUGCACCAAGGGCUUCUCCCACCGCACCCUCCUCGAGCGCCAUGCCGCUGCCACCCACCCCGUGCCACCGCCGGGGCCACCGCCGGGGCCACCACCACCAGAAGCCGGGCUGGCAACGUGGCCAGGAACUGAGGCUGCGGGUGCCGGCCCCGCUCACACGGCGUGAGGGUGCCCCAGGGGGGGGUCUCUGCCACUCUCAAACUGCUUGGGGGGUGGGUUUUAGGGGUCCCCUGUGUCUAUGGACGAGCCCUCAGGGCUGUUUGAGCACCUUGGGGUGAA